AUGGUCCAGUUCCCCACAAACCAGGCAAACCGAUCCGACUCGAUUAGAAUACUUACCGCGGCCGCGGAGGAGGAACGAGAGAGGAUGAGGAGGAGAGGAGAGGGGUUGCUACUCCUCUAUUCUAAAGUUGCAUACAUUCCUCACCGCCGACAGACCGACGACCCGGCCGGGAGAUAUGGAUGGGCUUGGGGGGGCUGCAUCAUCACCUCGCUCACCUUUCACCUUUCAUCUUUCCCCCUCACGUUCUAG